AUGUUGCUCCACGGCUCUUUCUACAGGAAGCUUAUUAUACUGUUGAAGGCUGAAAAAGAAUACGGUCAGCGCCUGAAAGUGCUUCCAAACGGAGAAAUCGUGCUCCAAUGCACUCCGGUAAUGGGCAGAAAGUCAAGAUCAACGUGUGAAAAGAUGUAUCGAGUUCGAUGUCAUUCAAUUCAUUGA